UAUAUAGACGUGGGUAAAUCUCAGCUUCAGGUCGCGUCAACAUCUUGCGGAACUUUGGAGAUCGUAACGUUGUGGUUUAUAGACGGAACACAAUAAGCGAAGGACCAACAUGGGCACCCGUGUUGUGCAAAAGAUUCUUCUCUUGGCUUUGAGAAAUACGCACUCCCCUGUAUCCAGUCCUCUCCAGUUUAGGAGACACCGUUUGUCGUCUGUGUGCGGCUGCAGAUGGUUCUGUUCGUCGGGCCGUCAGACUACUUCACAGGCACCUCAGCACCCCCAUGAGACUAGUCCUGUUCCCGGAGGACCGGUCCGUGACCUGUCCCUGCGGUCACUAACUGAUAUGGGAUUCACAGACUGCCAGGCAGGGCAGAUAUUUGAGACCGUGUCCAGUCUCAGAGGAGGUGGUGCCAAGCACGUUUUGUCCACUCUCACGGUUCUGUUCGUCCUGGGACUCAACCCCUCUAGUGUGUUAAAACUGCUGGUCAAGUGUCCAGAGCUUUACUCUGUUAAAGACACGCAGCUUCAACAGCGCAUCAGUAACCUGAGGAAGCUCGGUUUACUUGAAGGCAGUCUUCAGAGGACGGUGGCCCACUACCCAAAGAUCCUGACCGUGCCAGCCAAGUCGGUUAAAAGCGUGGCUGUGUUCCUCAGAGAAAAGUGCCUGUUCACCACGCAGCAGAUCACAGACAUCCUCAGAGAUAGUCCUGCUGUGGUCCUGGAGGACCAGGAUCAGCUGGAGUACAAGUUUCAGUACGUGUACUUUCGAAUGGGCAUCAAGCAGGCGGAGAUGGUGAAGAGCCGCCUGUUCCGUUUCCACCUGGAUGAGGUGCGUUGUCGCCACAGCUUCCUUGAGCGGCGGGGCCUGUACCAGACCCCGGAUAAGAAGGGACAGACCAGCAUCAUAAACCCCAAACUGGACAGCAUCCUCAGCGCUGACCAGGACACCUUCGUGUCACAAGUUGCCCAAGCGUCAGUGGAGGAGUACAACGUGUUUCGGGAACUCUUGGCGAGAGAGUGGAAAGAAGAGGAGUUGCAGCAGGGCAGGAUUGAGGCGGAUAUUGAUGAUGAUGAUGUUUAUGAUGACGAUGAUGAAGCGGAGGAAGGAGAGGAAGCGGAAGGAAAAAGUGGAUACAUGAAGCGGAAAAAGAAAAAAAAACUGUGAUCUGAGAGAAAAAUCACUUCCUUAGAAGUGAAAAUAGAUGACACAUGUCAUAGAAUCAAUAAAAUGUUUGCUGACAAACGCUAAAGAAAAUAACACAUGAAAUCCUGGUGUCUAACUUCACGUGGUCUUUUCUCUUGAAGUGAAUUAACUCUAAAGAUCGUCUCUAUGUUUAAGUUUCGACAGCCGGACGUGAGGGAUGAUGACGCCAGUUUCAAGCAACUUUUGAUUUCAACUCUUAUCGACCCUGAUUGGAUCGGGCCUGCUUUCUGAAACCCGUUCGGAUGUGAAAGCUAAAGCAGAAAACACGGGGAAAGCAAACAGUGGUGUGCAGCUCCUAAAUGGAUCAAAAGCUCCACCCUGUUUCUAUGUGACAGCCAAGUGGCCGCAGCUCUCUUGUUAUCUCUCGGUCAACAAAGAGUACGUCAGAUAAGGUCUGCGAGUGAGAAAAGCCACCCAGCAGCCAUCGAUUUACGCAGCCCAGGCAGCUUUUUCCAAUUUGGACAGAAGGUAAGGAAAAUCCUCUUAAGGCGAUCAAUAUUUUUUUUCAGUUGAUGUUUAAGCGUCAACUUUUGAACAGAAUCGGUACUGUAAAGUACUGUAAGAUGUAUUUGUAAUCAUUUGGGGAGGUGGUGGCAUUUACAUGUUGUCUGCUCUGUUUGUUUUUUCCAUCUAAAGUGAGCGUGUAAACCUAAUGCCCGGCUGGAUUUAGAACUUUCACAAAAACAGUUACUUUUUCUCUAUGUUCUGUAGGUUCAAAGUCAUUCUGAAACUGCAUUGGCCUCGACUGUAGACGUACUAGGUACGCGGUUCAUAUUUAGAUUCUGUCUACAAGGUAAUUGGUUAUUUCAAUGACGCUCUACGGAUGGGUCAGUCACAGUCACCAGUCACACAGCCAGCCAAAGCCGUCUGUGAAUGCUGAAUUUAUCAAUGGUUUGGUCAGGAAUUUACCUGUCCUAUCGACUUUUGCCGUCGCUGUUCAAUCUAAUUACAACAUCUCAGAUUAAAAAGAAUUAAAGUCUUGUGUAAAUGUUUGAAACCCACAUUUUCAUGGUUCAAACAGUUUGCAGACAUUCCCGCUGUUUGUUUUUUUCCCCUUUUACAGGGUGUUGCUGGAGGAAGUAAGAGAACACACAAUUAAACUGCCGUCUGGCGUGUCUCCGCUGACCCGGCAACACCAUGUCGCUAUCGUCUCUGGUCAUUUCAAACCUCACGCAGGAGUGGCAUGACAGUGUGAGGAAAUGGCACCUGGAAUUGUUUUGCAUCCCCGCUGCGGUCAUCACUCUGGCCACCUUUCUGGCCAACCCCGUUCUGCUGGUGUGCAUAUUCCUGUCCCGCUCCCUGCGUCAGGAGACCCGCUACCUGCUGGUGGCCAACACCCUGGCGGCGGACCUGCUCUUCCUCGUGACGAACCUGGCCACCAUGGUCGGGAACACCGCGGGAGGCCGCAUCCCCUGGGUGGUCUGCGAGCUGUCCACGGCCGUCCUGGUCACCUCCUACUGCUGCGCCAUCCUCACCGUCACCCUCAUGGUGGUGGACACCUUCACGGCCGUCCGCUGGCCCCUCCGCUACCACGACCUCCUCACGCCUCGCCGGACCCACUGCAUCGUGGGGACGGUGUGGGCGCUGGCCGCCCUCUACCCCUUCGCCCUGCUCAUCAAGAGGAGGGAGAGCGGAGGGAUCCCUCUCGAAAAGGUGGUGCUCUGUCUGGCCCACCUGUCCCUCAACAAGGGCGGGAUCCACACCUUCUUCUUCGUGGCGGCGCUGAUCUGCGCCUCGCUCAUUUCUUACUGCUACGUCCGGCUCUACAUGGUGACCAGGACGCAGGGGAUCUGGCACAGCCGCUGCUCCAGGGCCCGGGUCACGCUGCUGGCCCACGGGGUCCUGCUCCUGCUCUACUUUGCGCCCGGCUUCGUUUUCACCCUGGAACUCUACAUGUUCCAAAGCCAAAGGAUGAGUCAAGACAUUCACGUGUGGGUCAGCACGGUCAAUAACUGCUUCCUGAUGCUGCUGCCCCGGGCGCUGGCCCCUUACCUGUACGGCCUGAGGUACAGGGAGAUCGCAGACACUCUGACGCUGCUGCUGCACCGCCACAGGACACUCAGCUACGUCACCUAAGCAAUCCUGAGGGAAAUUCUCCAGCAGAUCUCGAACAUGCCUAGUUCUUCUGUGGUAUUCUCAACGUGUGCUUACAUGCGGUAAAACGUAGAUAGAAGUGUGAAGCUGAUAACAAGCAUUUAAUUCUCUUGGUCACAAGUGGUUGAGUUCUGCUUAGUUGUUAGUGUGACCACCGUAAUAUUAUUCCAGUUUCAAAUGUCCAUCUUCAGAGAUGUUCCAUACUCCUCAACGGAUGUAAAGAGGACCAAACUGUCACAUGGAGUUUGUGUCUGGAAGCAGAACAUAAGCAUCUACCCAGCUUGUGAAAACCCCCAACCUUUUAGAAGCUUCAUCCUCUGCGUUACAGUCCUUCUGACAACUCUGUCCAUCUGUCACGUGUUAAGAAGUUUCCUUUUUUUUUCCUUUUGCGUUCUGAAUUAGAACAGGCCUACGGUUAUUUGGCUCAGAAGAUCAAAUCAUUUUGUUUCCACAGGCACUCAUGGGUCUUUGGCUCCGUGUUGUUGCUCUGCACAAGUGAUAAUCAAUGAGAAGCCUCCCCCCUAACACCAGGAAGAAAUAAAUUCAUACAUCAUCAGCUGACUUGGACUACUGUGAUGCAUUGCAAGUGCAGUUCUCGGCCUUAUGGAGGGUGACCGAAUCUCACAUGAUCCAGUUUUUCAGUGGCAGGUUUGUGGGACAGUUGACCUUUCCAUGUGCACACACACUGUAGAAAUUUUAAAUCAUGUUUCUGUGUUUAACCUAUUCUCUUUGCUUUUAGCAUGAACAGAGAUAAAUGUUGAUCACUUUUAUUAUUAUAGACAAUAUGAUAUAAAUGUACCUCAAUUGUUUGUGUUUUUAUAGGUUUUUUAUAUAUAUUUUACCAUAUUGUACCAUCUCCUACUACCUUGUGAUGUAAUUUGUGCUGAAUAUGUAUUGACUGUGAAGCACUUCUGUUGUUUUUUAGGUGUUAUACAGAUACAUCUGACUAGAUUUGAAUAAAUGCAAUAUGCC